UUCCCCCUCCCACACUGCCUCCUCUUCCAAGAGAUCGACGGAGCCACGGAGACGGAGGUGUUCCUCGCCGAGAAGCCGCCAUGUCUGAUUCAGAUUCAGGUUCAGAAGUCGGUCCUGCACAACCCGCUGAUCCUUUCCCUGGUCUGCUUGCAAAGACCAAAUCGGUGCUGAACCCACCGAUUACGCUGGUCAGUGUGAUAUACACAGUGGCAUUACCCAUGACACUGGCCCUCCGUGCCUACAAUAUGUCCAUACUCAAUGCCCGACCCCAAGAUACUAUCACCCAUCAGCUUGUCCCUGGUCCAGAUAAGUGGGUAACAGAUGAUCUUCUUGGCAUGUCUGUGACAUGUGCCUGGUUCGCACCUAUUCUGCUACUGCACUUCUACAUCAUCACGCACCUGGUGUUGAAGAGGCCUGUGGGCAUCCCCACAAUGGAGAAGGCAUACGCAUGGGUUGCCCCAACCGCGAUUACUUUGAUCACCUUUGCUUACUUCCUCUCCUAUCUCAGCCUCUCAAGGUACGGUGUUCGUCCAAGAGAAUUGGGCGUGCUGGGAGUUGUUACAACCAUACUUCUGUGUGGCAGUGUUUCAAUAAUCUUUUGUCGUCCGAUGAAGGAGGAGCGAGUUGUGGUUCUACAGAGGGCCCGUGUAUGAGGCGUUGAAGCUCGCUUGUUAAGCGCAUGUGAGACUAGAAAGUGUCAUCAGACUAAGUUAUUGAAUAUGCCUAUGGCAAUGCUAUUCUUAGUAGUUAGGGCAAUAGGGCCUGGGAGACACUUUAUUAAGCACGGAAGGACUCAUUGCAAGCUAUGAUCGCAUUUUGCUCUUUAUCUUUGCUUAGGCGGAACCUAAAAAUCACUUGGAUGUGUCUGGGAUGGCAGACUUUUAUCGAAUUGGUUAUGUUGAGUUUUUACACCAA